CGCUUGUUUAUGCUGAGUAACUGCGAGAGUUUCUCAGUCGGGCUUCGAGUUACUCAGUCUGAAACGAUCAUUUUCGUUUUUUGUUCCUCCUUGUUGUUUUGUUACAGUUAAAACCGUUUAACAAGUUUAUUAAUUUACCUUUUUUAUCCGCGCGGUCACGAUCAAUCAUGGCUUCUCUGGGAAUUCGCCUCGAGUCCAAGAAACAGGUGGAUGACUUCUGCCAGAAGCUCUCCAAGGAGGCAGAGGAGCUGGUGUCCAAUUUUUUCCCUGAGAAGAUUGAAGAGCUGCACAUGUUGCUGAAGACGUCUUUCAGCUGCGAUGACCUGGCGUCCAUAAAGGCUCCGCUGGACAUCCCCAUCCCGGAUCCGGCCAAAGAGGAGGCCAAACGCAAGAAGAAGGAGGAGAAGGAAGCUAAAGAUGAGAAGAAAGACAAGGACAGCGAUAAAGAGGAGGAGGAUUCAGGACCUCCGUGCGGCCCCAUCUACAGCAACGAGCGCGUGGAGAGCCUCCUGAGGGAGGUCCAACCCGAGAUCCAGACGCUCAAGGAGAAGCUCAACACGGUGUCCAUGUGGGUGCAGCUCCACAUCCCCAAGAUUGAAGAUGGGAAUAACUUCGGAGUGGCCGUGCAGGAGAAAGUGUUUGAGCUGCUGACGAACACGCGCACCAAGAUCGAGGCUUUCCAGACUCAGAUUUCAAAAUAUUACAGUGAGAGAGGUGACGCUGUGGCCAAAGCCGCCAAACAACCACAUGUGGGAGACUACCGACAGCUGGUCCACGAGCUGGACCAGUAUCAGUACUGCGAGCUCCGCCUUGUGGUCUUGGACAUCCGCAACACAUAUGCUGUUCUGUUUGACAUCGUUACCAAGAACUACGACAAGAUUAAGAGACCGAGAGGAGACGGGAAAGCCCUCAUCUACUGAUUCUGGAGAAGCUUUGGUUUUCUCACGAGCUACAUCUCCUGUCGUAUAACACGGAUCAAGUAACGACACAAAAUAAGAGUCCAUUUUCCCGCAGUGCAUGAUUUUUGGUUCAAAUUACAAAAAUA